UGGGAAGUGUAGUUUGGAGACCCCGCCCUCUUCGCCAUUCCUUUAAUGGCUGCUUCCAGGAAGGCUCUGUCACGUGGAAUCUCUUAGCCUCAGCGAUCCGGAACUCCGGGAAGGGACUAUUUCGAAUCAAAUAGAAUUAUACGUAAAUCCUUUUUUUUUUGAAACCUUCAGCCCCCAAGAUCCAGAUACCUGAAGAUCCAAACAUCAUGACCUCAGUUUCAGCACAGUUGCUCUUGGUCCUCAUUUCACUGCUUUUGGUGCUGCCUGUUGUUGAAGCAGUAGAAGCUGGAGAUGCAAUCGCUCUCUUGUUAGGUGUGGCUCUCAGCAUUACAGGCAUUUGUGCUUGUUUGGGGGUAUAUGCACGAAAGAGAAAUGGACAAAUGUGAUUUUGAUGGGUCUUCUGCAUCAAAUCUUGCCGGGAAAACCUUUGUGUUGUUGAGGUUAAAAACUGAGCUUUAAUUUCUAAAAGUUCCCAAGAAAUAUAGUAUUUUCACAUUCUUGUCUCCCUGUAAGUGGGAACAAAUUAAUAUAUGUUAAAUGGAGGGGAAAAGUUUUCUUCACAACAAAUGUUGCACUGAAAAAAGCAGUCUAUAAAUCAUAUAUUCUUGUUAGAGGGUCAAGGAUGUCAGACAACUGAAAUUUACCUAUUAUUUCAUAGUUUCUUGGAAUUCUCAAAGCUCAUGAAAUAGGAAGAAGGAAACCCUUACCCAGAAUCCUAGGAAAUUUUCAGUUCCUCCAUCAUUGAGAAGUCUUUUCUUCAUACUUCUAUUAGAUUUUUGUUUUGCUAACUCCCAACUUAAUAUUGUGCUUAGAUAGCGAAUGCAGUCAGUCAGAAAUUAAAAUUUUUAUUUCUUUGGGCGGAUGUAAGAAAAAUGUAUUCAUUGUAUCUAAUGUUAAAAUGGAGACAAUAUUUAAUGUAAAAAAAUACUUUAUAUUGACAUUGAAAUGGAGAAGAGAUUUAAUGUUUAAAAGAAAAAACCUUUAUAUUAACUGAGUAACACCUCCACGAGGAGAAGUACUAUAUUAAAUAUAAACCCAUUAUGUUAUAAGUUAA